CUCGUCUUAUCGCAUGAUUUCCUUAUUGUCUCAUUAAUAAUUCAUUCUACACUAAGAUUAUUUAGUAUAAAUUAUUCACAGCUCUAUGAAUUUUCAUUUAGUCUUGAAAUUAAAAUCUAAAGAAGUUAAGAAGAGAGAAAUGAAGCGAAUUAAUUUAAUAACUUUUGCUUUAUCAUGCAUUCUUAUCAAAAUAGAAUCUUUAGAUGUAACACCAACAGAAGUCUGCACUGAUACCAGAACUAAAGAUUAUUUUUGCAGUGAUAAUGUCACUUGCACUGGCACAGAAGUUAUUUAUUGCGCUGGCAGUCAAGCUUCUCAAGCAAUAACUUACUCGUGUGGCUCUAAUUCAUUGUGUCAAAUAAGUGAUGAUGGGGAUUAUUGCGCUGAAUCUUGUGGAAGUACUAAUAGCAAUAACAACAAUCCAGAUUUUACUUGCACUGGUCUAGGAUAUUAUCCAAAUCCUUAUGACUGUACUUCAUACUACUUCUGUUCAUUAAAUAGCGACAAAACUCAAUUUGUAGCAACUCUUUACAAUUGCCCAAGUGGGAAUGUUUUUUCUCCAAGCUCUGCAACAUACUGUACUCGAAAAAAUAUCAUAAUUAAUAACUGCAUAACGGCCGACUGUGGAAGAACUAAUUCAUCAAAAUAUAUCCAACUUCAAUAUGGAUUCAACAAGCAAUAUUAUGCAUUAUGUGCUCCUGAUGCAACUCUCCCAACUCCAAUUGUCUAUGUUUUCGUCUGUCCAACUAAUUCACUUCCAAAACUUAACACAAAUCCUCCAAAAUGUUCGUACACAUGCUGGCGAGCUGGAUUCUUCCAGAAUAAUUUGGACAAAUCGAAAUACUUUGAAUGCUAUUGGAAUAACUUGAGACUCGAGAGUAUUGAACGGAGAUGUCCAUCAGGUUCAACUUUUGAUGCCACAGUUUCUCAAUGUAAGGUUGAAUUGAGAACUAUGAAUGCUGCAAUUUCCAAUAUUCUAAACGAAAAUGGUGACAAUGAUUCAUAGUUUUCAGUAAGACC